AGGUUUUGCGGCGGAGAGAGAGAGAGAGAACUCACAUAGAGACGAAGCAGGAUGGACCCGAACGCCGCUGGACCGGUGGUGCUGUCCGCAGAGGAACAGACCGUGCUGAACGAAGGUAUUGGUCUGUUACUGUCGCGGUGGCCCGCCAUGCGAGCCGCCGUCGAGAACGGCUGGGGCGGCCGAGAUUCCCACCGGAAAGCUGAGGGCACGGUUGCUAAGGUUUUCGAUUUCUUCACCCAAUCAAAAGAUCCAAUGGACUUUGACAGCUUAGCCGACAUCCUAGAAGGAGGGCUUGAUGAGCUAAAUACAGUAGCUGAUGACGGAAGCCUCGAAGAGGUGACAGAAAAACUACUAGAUCUGUACGAAGAAUGUCUGGACGGGAAUUGCCAAACUGUCGAGAAAUUGAGGGGAUCGAGCUCUCAAAUGGCUGGUCGGGCAAACGUUGUGAAGGUUGGAGACGAUGAUGAAGAAAGCGAUGAUGAAGAUGAAGAUGAAAAUGAACAGCCAACAGACAUGAUGGUGGAUGAUGCAACCGAGCAACGUCCAGACCAGACUCGGGUCGAACCGUCAUCGGCCGGACCGGAAGCUGAAGACGGCUGGACAGUUGUUCCGGCCAGACGAAACAAGGGUAAGAGAACUUAAAAUCAAAUCCUGUCUCUUCUCAUUAUGUUUCCUACUCUGAGUUUUGACAAUGCUGUUACACUAGUUGCUGCUUUUCAUGGCUCUGAUUUAAGUCAGAGAGAUUACUUGUAUUGGUACCAAACCGGAUUAUUUGCUGUGACUAAGUACCGGACCGGUUCACACGAAAUUAUCCGGUCCAUGUAUAAGAUGAGCAGAGAUUGUGUUGUUGUAACUGAACAACGUUUUAUUUCAGGGGAGAUAUAAAAUGAUACAUCUUAAAUAAA